ACAGGGCUAGGGUUUUAAAGAGAGAUCUUUCCCUGUUUGAAAUUGUGCGCCCUGUUUCAGAGUAGAAAAGGAUCCUUACGCCUUUACCCAUAUACUUAUCAGCUAGCGCACAGUUCUUCACCAUCUUCAAUGGCGGCGAUGACGAACCCUUACGAUCCUAGAUACGUUGAUCCUAAUUCCUACAGGGAGAGGAGAAGUGGCCUAAUGUCGCCACAGAAACCGAUGCCACCCAUGAUGGGCGGAGUAGGUGGUGGACCAGCCGCUUACGGAGAACUCUCUUCAGGUUUCGCCAGCGGAAGAGGGGUUGGAGGUGUUGGGGCUGCUGCCGGCAGGCCGGAUAGGUUUGACAGGUUUCCGCUCUUCCAACCUAGUGUCGGGAGAGAAUUUGUCACUGGCCAAGGUGGUGGAGAGCGUGGAGGUAGGGUUUCCAUUUCAGACCGUAACGGCAGUGUAUCUGCUGCAGACCGUGGUGGGAGUGGCAUUAGAGGAGGCUGGGAUAGAGGACGCGGGCGUGGUGGUGGUAGAGGUUUUAAUGCUGGUCGUGGCGGAGGUAGAGCGAGCAGCGGUCGUGGUGGCGGUAGAGGUAGAGACGGUGGGAAUUCUAAAGGGGAUUUGAACAGCAUAGCUCUUCCGAAGCAGGAUUUUGGAGGCUUGGUACCGUUUGAGAAAAGUUUUUAUGUAGAAAGCCCUUCAGUUCACGCAAUGACGGAUCAAGAGGUUGGACUGUACCGUACAAGGCGUGAGAUCACCGUUGAAGGCUACGAUGUCCCAAAGCCGAUCAGACUAUUUCAAGAGGCGAACUUUCCGGCACACUGCCUCGAGGUGAUAGCUAAACUGGGUUUUGUUGAACCCACACCCAUUCAAUCUCAAGGAUGGCCGAUGGCUUUAAAAGGUAGAGAUUUGAUCGGUAUUGCUGAGACAGGUUCUGGGAAGACGUUGGCAUAUCUGUUGCCUGCGUUACUACAUGUCAGUGCACAGCCCCGACUGGUACGAGGUGAAGGACCCAUUGUAUUGGUUUUAGCUCCUACAAGAGAAUUGGCUGUUCAGAUACAAGAAGAAGUAGCCAAAUUCGCGUCACGUUCAAAUAUCAGGAGGACUUGUAUAUAUGGUGGUGCCCCGAAGGGCCCACAGAUUCGUGAUCUCCAAGCAGGAGUUGAGAUUGUCAUUGCAACACCUGGUCGACUGAUUGAUAUGUUGGAAGCUCGAAACACGAACUUGCGGAGAGUAACAUACCUUGUUUUGGAUGAGGCUGACCGAAUGUUGGACAUGGGGUUUGAGCCACAGAUUCGGAAAAUUGUAACCCAAAUUCGGCCAGAUAGACAGACCUUAUAUUGGAGUGCCACGUGGCCCAGGCAGGUGGAGGCAUUGGCUAGGCAGUUCUUAUGUGAUCCCUACAAGGUCAUAAUUGGAUCUCCGAAUUUGAAGGCAAAUCAAUCUAUAAACCAGGUUGUCGAAGUUAUGACAGAGAUGGAGAAGUAUAAUAGGCUGAUCAAACUGCUUACAGAAAUGAUGGAUGGAAGCCGGAUUCUUGUAUUCCUGCAGACGAAAAAAGGAUGUGAUCAGGUCACACGGAAGCUGAGGAUGGAUGGAUGGCCAGCUCUAUCCAUCCAUGGUGAUAAAAAUCAGGCCGAAAGGGAUCGGGUUCUAGCUGAGUUCAAAAGUGGCAGAAGUCCUAUAAUGACUGCCACUGAUGUAGCUGCACGUGGUCUUGAUGUGAAGGACAUAAAAUGUGUGAUAAAUUAUGAUUUCCCAACGAGCCUUGAAGAUUAUGUUCACAGGAUUGGACGAACUGGCCGUGCAGGUGCUAAAGGAACUGCAUUUACCUUUUUCACGCAUGCAAAUGCAAAGUUUGUGAAGGAUCUCGUUAAGAUCCUACAGGAAGCUGGCCAGGUCGUGACUCCGGCAUUGACUACCUUAGCUCAUUCUGGUGGUUAUCGUGGGGGAGGGUUUGGAGGGGGCUUCCGCUUCAGCGGACGAGGAGGUCUAGGUAAAUGGUAACCGAGCUUUAACUUUAGGUUCCAACAUUCACCCUCUAGGGUCAAAGAGGCCAUGGUAGCCUCUAUUUUAUGGCUGCAAUGGACUGAAGUUGAACUAACGAGUGUACGCAAGAUUUUAUACUUUAUAUGUUCUGUAUAUGUUCUGCUCAAUAGUUCUAUGAUGGAAAUCAUCAUAACAUGAUAAAACUGUAACAUUGA